AUGCAAGAUCAAAUUGGGAUUCCAGCUUGCUUUUCGUCCAGGGAGAAGCUCACAGACGAUCCCGCCGCAAUCACCAGUUCCGGGCAGAGCAUUUUCGUGUCGGUUUACCGGACCAAGUUUUCCGACCAGCGCAGGCUGGUCACGGUCACCUGGUGCAAGAAUCUGCUGCUUCACGAGCUGUCAGUUUCGGUAGAUGGCGACGGCGGAGAGCGGCGGCGCACGACGGCGUGCAAGGUGGAGCUGAAGCCGUGGUGUUUCUGGAGGAAGCAAGGAUCGAAGCGGGUGGAGGUGGACGGAAAGGCCGUCGACGUAUUCUGGGACCUCAAAGCCGCGAAAUUCAACGGAGAAACGGAGCCGAGGUCGGAGUACUAUGUGGCGGUCGUGUGCGACGACGAGGUCGUUCUGCUCCUCGGCGACAUGAAGAACGACGCGUAUAGAAAAACGGGUUGCCGGCCGGCGCUGGUGGACCCGGUUUUGGUUUCCAGAAAAGAGCACGUUUUCGGGAAGAAGAAGUUCCAGACAAGGGUUAAGGUUGAGGAAAAAGGCAAACAUCAUGAGAUCUCGGUCGAGUGGAAGAACAGAAACGGGGAAGAUCCCGAAAUGGAGAUCAACGUGGACGACAACUCCGUCAUUCACAUCAAACAUUUGCAGUGGAAAUUCAGAGGCAAUGAAUGCCUCGAUCUCACCGACAAGGUGAGAAUCCAGGUCUUCUGGGACGUCCACGACUGGCUAUUCUGUCCCGGUUUAAGACACGCUCUAUUCAUUUUCAAACCCGUCCUAAAAUCUCCUCCCUCUUCGUCCCCGUCAAUCUCACCCUUCUCCUCGUCGUCAUCCUCGACCACAUCGACGCCAUUUUCGUUACAGACUGGGAGUUCGAGUUCUUGUUACUCAUCAACAAGCAGCUCAUAUGAGUUUUGCUUGAUUUUAUAUGCUUGGAAAGGGGAAUGA